CGAUAAGAGAAACAAUGCCAUCGUGUUCCAUAAAAAAUUGCAAAAAUCGAACAUGCGACGGAGAUGCAAGAGGAAUAACCUUUUUUAGAUUUCCGAAAGAAAUUCCAAUUCGUAAGCAAUGGCUUAAUGCUUGUCAACAAACUGAGACAAGUUUGAAAGUUGAUUCAGCAAGAAUAUGCAGUGACCAUUUUGAUACAAAUUGUUUCAUAAUGGAAUUCACAAAACCGAGGUCAAAAAAUACACUUGCCAAAGAAGUACGACGAUUAAAAAAAGGUUCUGUCCCAUGUAAAAUGUUAAAACUAUGUGCAGGAAUAAAAAGAAAAAGAAUGUCGCAAAAUGAACUUGUGCAGUAUGCAAAAGAGAAACAGGAACUAGACAUAAAUAAAGAGAUUAGCAACAAUAGUUCAACGAAAACAUUACUGAUAGAGCUUCGAAACUCUGAGAUAGACAAGCAACAAUUAUUUGAAGAAAAUCAAAAUCAAAAUAUUGAAAAAGACAAUAUAAAUGUUGAAGAAGAAACACAAAAUAUGACACGGGAAUAUCUUGAAAAUAUCGAACAAAAUGAUACAAUAGAACUAGAUAUAAAUGAAGAGAUUAACAUGGACAACAAUGCGAGUUCAAUGGAAACAUUAGUAAUGCAGCUUCGAAACAUUGCAAGCUGA